CUCCAUCCAGGCCUCAGGCAAGCAGCACCUCCCUGCUCUCCCGCACUCCUGGACACAACCAGCAGCUCCUGCCAUGGACAGGUACCUGGGCGGCAGCCCCAAGGGGGACGUGGACCCGUUCUACUAUGACUAUGAGACUGUCCGCAAUGGGGGCCUGAUCUUCGCUGGACUGGCCUUCAUCGUGGGGCUCCUCAUCCUCCUCAGCAGAAGAUUCCGCUGUGGGGGCAAUAAGAAGCGCAGGCAAAUCACUGAAGAUGAGCUGUAACAGCAGCCUCGGCGGUGCCACCCACUGCACUGCGGCCAGCUGGGAAGCCAAGCAUGGCCCUGCCUCUGGCGCCUCCCCUUCUUCCCUGGGCUGUAGACCUUUGUCCCGUCACUGCCAGCGCUUGGGCUGAAGGAAGCUCCAGACUCAAUGUGACCCCCAGGUGGCAUCGCCACCUCCUGCCCCAUGCCACCUCAUGCUUAUAAUAAAGCCGGCGUCUCUGCUUCCCUCGCC